AUGGAGCAGCAGAUGCGGAACAUGCAGCAGCAGGAGCUCGGCAAGCUCCUCCGUGAGGCUGGGAACCAGGAGCAGCAGCUCAGCAACCUGCUUUCCAGAGACCGCAUCAGCCCGGAGGGGCUGGAGAAGAUGGCCCAGCUGAGGGUGGAGAUGCUGCAGCUGUACGAGAGGUGCCUCCUGCUGGACAUCGAGUUCGCCGAUGCCCAGAACGUGGACCAGCUGCUGUGGAAGAACGCCUUCUACCAGGUGAUCGAGAAGUUCCGGCAGCUCCUCAAGGACCCCCAGGGGGAGAACGCCCAUGAGAUCCGCAACAAGCUGCUCCAGCUGCUGGAUGAGGGCAGUUCUUUUUUUGAUGGCCUGCUCCAAAAGCUGCAGGUGUCAUACCAGUUCAAGCUGGAGGACUACAUGGACGGGAUGGCCAUCCGCAGUAAGCCCCUGAGGAAAAUGGUGAAGUACGCGCUGAUCAGCGCUCAGAGGUGCAUGAUCUGUCAGGGGGACAUCUGCCGGUACAGAGAGCAGGCGAACGACACCGCCAACUACGGGAAGGCUCGCAGCUGGUACCUGAAGGCUCAGCAAAUAGCUCCCAAAAACGGCCGCCCCUACAACCAGCUGGCACUGCUGGCCAUCUACACGAGGAGAAAGCUGGAUGCUGUCUACUAUUACAUGCGCAGCCUGGCUGCCAGCAACCCCAUCCUCACAGCCAAGGAGAGCCUCAUGAGCCUCUUUGAGGAGACCAAACGCAAGGCUGAGCAGAUGGAGCAGAGGAAACACCAGGUGCUGGAGCUGAGCCCCAGCCGCCGAGGGAGGAGCAAGAAGCCCCCGCUGCGCCAGGCUGGGGACGAUGCCACGCGGCUGGAGAUCUGGAUCCAUCCCUCCCACCCCCGCCCCGCCCCGGGCCACGAGUCCGGCCGGGACUCCGAGCAGGACAACGGGCUUGGGAACCUCAGCCCCAGCGAC